AUGCCGGUGCCGUACCGCUUGCGGAAGGCCUUCAACACGUGGCUUCUCUUCGUCGCCUCCAUCUAUUUUUGGACGCUCCGCACCGCAUUCUGGCUCGUCAAUCGCUUCUUCCGCGAACGGAAAUAUGUGACGCAGCCCUCGGAUCGACUUUUGCUCAUCUCGGCCACACAGGCGGUCCGCAUGAUCUCGAAGCGCGAGAUUUCCAGCACCGCACUCGUCGAGAGCUAUAUUCAUCGCAUCGAGCAGGUUCGUUCUUCAGAAGCCUUAGAAUUAGCGGUUUGAACGGAAAAAUGCGUUCCGAUUUUCGUUUCUCAAAUCUGAAGGUUCUAAACUGAAGUUUUGCAGUCAAAUUGUUACACUUCAGAAUUCAUCUUCCAGGUAAACAGCACAAUCAACGCGGUUGUCGUGAAGCUGUUCGAAUCGGCACGCCGUCAAGCGAACGAAGUGGACAGCUUCAUCGCGCUCGCCGACGAGGAUGACAUCGAGAAGAAGCUCGCGGAGCAGCCGCUCUACGGAGUUCCGUUCACGAUGAAAGACGCGUUGGAGGUGGAGAACGAGAUAAUCACGUGCGGAGUGUACAAUCGAAAGGACACAAAGUGCGAGCGGACCGCCGAAGCGAUCCGACGUCUUCAGGCGGCCGGAGGCAUCCUUCUCGCGAUCACCAACGUGCCGGAAGUGUGUAUGUGGGUGGAGGCGGUGAACACGAUCUACGGCCGCUCGAGCAAUCCGUACGAUACGCGCCGGAUGACGGGCGGAUCGUCGGGCGGAGAAGGCGCUCUAUUGGGUGCCGCCGGAAGUGUGGUCGGCGUCGGAAGUGACAUUGGCGGCAGCAUUCGCAUGCCCUCCUUCUUCAACGGAAUCUUCGGACUGAAGCCGACGCCCGGACUAAUUCCGCUCACCGGACACGUGCCCGAACCCACCGGCUACAAAAAGCACAUGCUGAGAAUCGGACCGAUGUGCCGGUUCGCCGAGGAUUUGCCGCUCAUGUUGAGAGUGAGACUUUUUGUAGAGAAAAAAAAAACGUUUAGCAAUUUGUUUGCAGAUAAUGGCCGGAGAAAACGCAAAAGCCUGA